AACCACUUUCGGGGCUGGAGACGAUCGCUCCUCUUCUUCGUUCCGUGGAGGAAACUUCGGAGUCGAUCGCCACCACGGUGCGAGGCACCAUCCCCUCUUGGAUCAGUGGUGUCUUCCUCCGUAACGGCCCGGGCAAGUUUGAGUUUGGCAACACGCACUACAACCACUGGUUUGAUGGGAUGGCCAUGAUGCACCAGUUCAAGAUACGGAAGGGAAAGGUGACCUACAUGAGCCGCUUCCUGCAGAGCAACGUCUACAGGAAGAACAGCGAACAGAACCGCAUCGUGAUAUCUGAGUUUGGUACCCUGGCCGUGCCCGACCCGUGUAAAAACUUCUUCCAGAGAUUCCUCUCCCGCUUUGAGACGAUGGGUCGUGCUGCAGAAGCCACGGACAACGCAAGUGUGAGCUUUGUGAAAUACAAAGGAGACUACUUUGUCAGCACAGAGACUAAUUUCAUGCACAAAGUGGACUCAGACAACCUGGAGACAUUGGAAAAGGUUGACUGGAGCAAAUUUGUUGCUGUAAAUGGCGCCACUGCCCAUCCACACUAUGAUCCAGAUGGCACCGCCUACAAUAUGGGCAACUCCUAUGGGAGAAAAGGAGCUUUGUACAACAUCAUCAGAGUUCCCCCAGAGAAGACUGAUACCAACGACACCCUGCAGGGAGCCAAAAUCCUCUGUUCCAUUGUGCCUGCAAACAAGUCCCAUCCAUCCUACUACCACAGCUUUGCCAUGUCUGAGAAUUAUGUGGUGUUCAUUGAGCAGCCGAUUAAGUUGGACCUCCUAAAGAUUGCCACUUGCAAACUUCGAGGGGAAGCUUUGAGCAAGGGCAUCUACUGGGACCCAAAGCAGGAAACGGUCUUCCACUUAAUUAACAAGCAUACAGGCGAGGUCAUCCCAGUAAAAUACCACACCAGAGCCCUCUCUACCUUCCAUCAGAUCAACGCCUUUGAGGAGGAGGGCUUCUUGAUGGUUGAUAUGUGCUGCUCAGACUCUGGCCAAGCCAUCAACAACUACAUCAUCCAGAAUUUACGCAAGUCAGGGGAGGCGCUAGACCAAGUGUACAACACGUCCGACAGGGUUUUCCCUCGCCGUUUCGUUCUGCCCCUAAAUGUGACCAAUGAGACCCCGACAGGUCAGAACCUGAACACCCGACCCUCCAGUAAAGCAUCCUGUGUCAAAGUCAGCGCAGACAAGGUGUUCUGCCAGUUUGAGGAUCUCCAUGGAAACGACCUCUACGACUACGGCGGCCUGGAGUUCCCUCAGAUCAACUACGGCAGAGUUAACGCUCGACCGUACCGGUACUUCUACGGCUGUGGCUUCAGACACCUGGUGGGAGACUCGCUGCUAAAGAUGGACCUCAAGGACAAGACGCUCAAGGUCUGGCACCAGAAGGGAUUCUACCCAUCAGAGCCCAUGUUUGUGCCGUCGCCUGAUGCUGCUGAGGAGGAUGAUGGUGUCAUCCUGUCGGUGGUCCUCACCCCCUCACAGGAUAAAGGAACGUUCCUUCUUGUUUUGGAUGCUAAAACAUUCGAGGAGCUGGGAAGAGCCGAUGUGCCCGUUAACAUGCCUUAUGGUUUCCAUGGUGCCUUCACUGCCUCUGAAUAUUAAUCCUGUUCAGAUGUCCUCUGAUGAUCACAUAAACCUGCUUUAUGCUUUGAAAACCUUUAAUCUUCGUC